AUGGCUUCUUUCUUGAUGGAAGACUUCGUUGGGGGUGGAUCUCUGAAGGAAAUUGUUCCAAAGCUCCUGGAAGAAGGUUGGGAUGAUGUGCCGACCCUUAAGCUCAUGAAUGCAGAAGACAUGAAUGCCCUGAAUAUGACUCAAAAGCAGAAGGAUGCACUGGAAAUCAGGUCAUACCUGCAUGAUCGUGCAUUGAUGCAAUAUGCAAAUAAGCUAGAGGCCUCUGGGAAAGGGCUUCCUGAACUUCUAAACUUGAUGGCGGCAGAUCUCUCAAUUCAGUUUGGAAUGAGACGGGGACAUAUUGCCCGAUUUUUAGACAGAACAACAGCAUGUGCCAUGCCAGUGUUAAAUUCUUCCACAACAACAAAAUAUAUGACUGGGCCUUCCAAAAUAACUAGUAGCUUCAGCAUGCAUUCUUCCUCAAUCAACAGGAAAACACCAAGCAUGACAAGAUAUGCCAGAAAAGGCAGUUCAACUUCUGAUUUUUCUGUAGAGCAGUCCCUGGCUGAGCUUAAGAUCAAAGAUGGACAUGUUUUUAAAGGAAUUGUGGCUUCAGUGCCAGCUGAGCCUAGAGCAUGUGGCUGUGUAGAACCUCCACCAGUUGUUGCUGAUGUUGCUCCCUUGUCUGCCAUUGAGAGUAUUUCAGUCCAAAAACUCACUCCUGAAUACAAAGUUGGAACGGAGAGCUUGAUUAAAACUAAGACACCUCCCAUGAAGGCUUCAGAACUCUGGCGUGAUAAAACAGCUGUUAUCCUCUGCCUCCGUCGCCCUGGGUGUAUAAUGUGCAGAGCUGAAGCUCAUCGACUGUACUCCAAAAAACCAAUCUUUGAUGCAUUAGGGGUUCAGUUAUAUGCAAUCAUUCACGAGUACAUAGAAACAGAGGUAAAAGACUUCUGGCCCCGUUACUGGGGUGGUGCCGUGGUUUACGACAGAGGGAUGGAAUUUUUUAAAGCCCUAGGGGGAGGGAAGCUCCUCAAAGACAAAUUCAUUUUUGGAUUCUUGUUAAAUCCUCAAGCUCGUGCAAAUUAUAAGCGAGCAAAGGCUACAGGGAUAGAGCAGAACUUCAAGGGAGAAGGAGAAAUAAAAGGUGGCUUAUUCAUAGUAGGCAGAGGAAAGACUGGUAUUGCGUACCAGUUUGUUGAAAGAAACUUCGGAGACUGGGCACCUCUACCUGAAGUCCUGGAAAUCUGCAGUAGACUGAAGAAUCAACAGGCCAGAAUCAAAUAG